AGGGACGCGAGUCAUGGAGGAGACGCCGCCCCCAGGCUGCAGCAAGCCGCACCUGGAGAAGCUGACCCUGGGCAUCACCCGCAUUCUAGAAUCUUCCCCAGGUGUGACAGACGUGACUAUCAUAGAAAAGCCUCCUGCUGAACGUCAUAUGAUUUCCGCAUGGGAACAAAAAAAUAACUGCACGCUACCUGAGGAUGUGAAGAAUUUUCACCUGACGACCAACGGCUUCCACAUGACGUGGAGCGUAAAGCUGGAUGAGCACACCAUUCCGCUGGGCAGUAUGGUUAUUAACAGCAUCUCAGAACUGACUCAACUCAGCCAGUCUUCGGAUGACGCACUUGGAGCCAGCGAGAACCAGCCAGAGAAGCCUCACUUUGAUUCUCGAAGUGUGAUGUUUGAGCUGGAUCCUUGCGACGGGAAUGGGAAAGUCUGCCCUGUCUACAAAAGAGGGAAGCCAGCAUUGGCGCAAGACGCCGAGAUUUGGUUCCUGGACAGAGCGUUAUACUGGCAUUUUCCCACAGAUACCUUUACCGCUUACUAUCGCCUGCUCAUCACACACCUGGGCCUGCCACAGUGGCAGUACGCCUUCACCAGCUACGGCAUUAGCCCGCAGGCCAAGCAAUGGUUCAACACGUAUAAACCCAUCACCUACAACACAAACCUACUCGCAGAAGAGACCAACUCCUUCGUGAACAAGCUGGAUCCCAGCAGAGUGUUCAAGAGCAAGGACAAGACCUUAAGCCCCAAAGAGAAAGGGCCUGUCCAGCCUGCAGGUGGCCAGAAAGGGCCCUCAGGUCCUCCUUCCACCUCUAAAUCCUCUUUCAGUCCUGGAAACCCUGUCCGCAAAUGAGCACCUCCACAUCCCUGCCAGCCCCACAGCGAUGAUUUCCAUGCACAGAUGGCCCAAGCCUCCGAUUCUGUGUGUGGCACCACAGGCCUCUUUGCCGUCUAAGUGAGCCAAAUCCUAGUCCUUUUACUCCUGUUGGCGUUAGCCAGGAGUUCAAGGGCAUUCUCAGGUCUCCCCCAGAGUCCUUUCCUCACCCCCAGCCUCCAAAAGCUGUGGAGAGCUUCAGAACUUACUAAGUAGCUAAAUAAUCUGUUCAGGGCUUUCCCCUCUCCCCACCCCCACUCCUCUGCAUCCCUCAGCCGUGAUUAGAGAAGGCCCCUGAGGAAAUCGCUGGUUUUGACCCAUGAGACAUUAGAACUGUAUUCUUCAGUUAGUAACCGCUAGCCACAUGUGGCUGUUUAUAUGAAAAAUUCAGUUCCUCAAUUGCAUUAGCCAUGUUGUGAGUAUUCAUAUGACUAGUAGAUUCUGUAUUAGACAACACAGAGAUAAUGGAACAUUUCCAUCAUCACAGAAAGUUCUGUUGGGCAGCACUGCGUUAGAAUAUUUUCAUGCUGCCCUUUCUUGAUUCAUUUUUGUUA